CCCGAUCCGCCCGGAAGCUGAUCACGCUUCCACACAUGCUGCAGCCUGGAGAUCAACAUGAACUUUAUGUGCCUUAACGUUUAUGUUAUCUGUUUUUUGACUGACCUAUUUCCACAUUUUCAAUAGCUGACACUUCAACUUAUGGCUGACGUCACAAAUCCAGAAAGUGAAGGAGAUCUUCAGGAUCAGAUUGAAGAGGUGGAGGCUCUGUCCUCCAUCUAUGGGGACGAAUGGUGUGUUAUAGAUGAAGCAUCCAGAAUAUUUUGCAUCAAAAUAUCCAACGACUUGGAGGAGCCAAAACUGACGGCAUGUUUGCAGAUCAUCCUCCCACAUGAUUACCCGAGCGCCUCCCCGCCUAUCUACCAGAUCAAUGCAGCGUGGUUGCGAGGCCCGGAGAGGACCAAAUUGGCAAACAGCCUGGAAGAUCUCUACGUGGAGCAUGUGGGGGAGAGCAUCCUCUACCUGUGGGUGGAAAAAGUUCGGGAAUUCCUCGUGGAUAGAUCCCUGAGCUCAGAAACAGUGGAUCAGCCAGAGAAGGUGAACAUGACAGCUGAAGAGGAAGUGGAGGAUGAUGAUGAUGACGAUGAAGACAUACCAGACUUCAAGACUCUCCAGCUGAACACAGAACAUACACAUCUGUUCAUGGAUCAUGCUAACGAUGAAGAGUUACCUCCUAUAAAACAUGGAAGCGCCAUCACAGACCGACGCAGUACCUUCCAGCCUCACCUAGCCCCUGUGGUGACUCCCGGACAGGUUAAAAUGGUCUUGGGGAAGCUGUAUGAGAACAAGAAGAUUGCCAGUGCCACUCAUAAUAUUUAUGCAUACAGGAUUUACCGCGAGGACAAGCACAGCUUCCUGCAGGACUGCGAAGACGACGGCGAGACGGCCGCGGGGGGGAGGUUGCUCCAUUUGCUGCAGAUUCUGGACGUGCGUAAUGUCAUGGUGGUCGUGUCUCGGUGGUACGGAGGUAUUUUGUUGGGUCCUGACCGUUUCAAACACAUCAACAACUGUGCUCGCAACAUCCUGGUGGAGCAAGGAUACACUGCCUCCAUGGAUGAGGCCACCAAAUCUGGAGCGAAGACCAAAAGGCCAAAAAGCAAGAAGACAAAAUGAAUUUCAGAAGACGGAUAAAAGACUCAUUCAAACACAUUUUUAUUGUCUUGUGAAAAGGUUGGUUUUAACAUGUCUUAAUAGAGACAUUCAAAAUCACACUGGUAUUAAAAUGUCUUUUAGCAAUUUUGAAUAUUUCAGAAUUGUUGUUUCAGCUAAUCACUUUAACUACGGACUUUAUGACUAAGAAGCCUUAAAAUGAAAUGUUUACAGUACAAUAUUAAAAAACAUCAAACCAU